AUGUCAGGCCUGCGACGCAUCAGACGUCCGCCCGUGCCCUCACGAACCCCGUCCUUGAUCAUCGAGGACGCCGACUGGACGGCGCCGUCAUUGCAGCAUGCCCAAACACUUCCGGCGUCCACCCCAACCUCGAGGACGGCAUCUCGGUCAGCGUCCUUUGGCUACCUCGUCAGCGGACCAAGCUCGCCUGUCCUGGAAGACCUCCAUCGAUUUCCGGCCGAGUCAUUGCACUCGUUCUCUUUUAGUAAACAAUCAGAGGACUACCUGCAUAGUCGUCAGAGUAUAGUACAGAAGUCGGUGGAUUUUGUGCGCAACUCGGCGGCAUGGGCCUCGAACCCAGCGCUGGCUGCAGCUCAAGCACGCGCUAGUGGCGAUGCAGAGAUACAAGGAAUGAUGGACCUGUUGCAAAAGGCAAAGAUCCUACCUACAGCUACUGAUAAGAAGGAAAACAACCAGGGCCUUGGCCUUGGGCUGGGGCCCAUGACUGGACCUGCUGAUACGGACGGCCGCAACAUAUUUGAGAGCAGUUUCAGUCAAAGUCUCGAAUCGGUGGAUGAGAACGUCGCCGUACUGAGUCCGCUCCCUACCUCGCCAGAUCCACACGGAGCGCGGAGAGGGUCGGAUGAAAUUCCUCGCCGGCCACUUGAAAGAACCGCUAGCAACGAAGAGAUAUCUUCAACCGCACCUCGAAGGAUCGGUUUAAAGCGGACAUACACUGAUCUCUCUGCUAUGUCCCUCCAACAGAAAUUGAUCGAUGCCCUGGCGCAGCCCUAUUCGAGCGAUGACCAUCAAGCAUCACAGCCGAAAGCGACACACUCCACUCUUGGGCCCACCCCUACAAAUGCUGCAGUUCAUUCUCACAGUAGCAAGUGGUCUCCUGCCGCCCAAGCAGUCUUUCGAACGGGCGGAGAAGCGCCUUGGACAAUUCUAGCUGCAAACGAUUUGGCUUGUCUCAUAUUCGGCGUGACUCGCGCAGAAGUACGGGCACUGAGUAUUCUUGGUUUGAUCCAGGAAGACAGGAGAUCAUGGCUCGAGGAGAAGCUCGGUAAGCCAAUUCCAGACGCGGGAAGUCGGGGGCCGCAGUCGGCCCAGGCUACGGCUGCUAAGUCACUCCUAGGCGCAAAGACGGGCAUCACAGCCAGGCUGCUGAGCAAAGCUCCUUCCAGGACGACUAAGCCUGCGAAGAGGGCCGCGACUGAUGACGGGUCAGGAGGCUACUAUAGACAAACAGCCAAGAACCACCCGCCAACAAAGUCGAGAGGUGUGCUGCUGUGCGGCGAUAUUGUGCCUAUACAGAAGAGAAAUGGAUCCAUAGGCUCCGCCAGCUUCUGGGUCAUGGAGAAGAAGGGUGGCCUCAUCUGGGUCAUUGAAGAGAUUCGCGAGGACGUCGCCGUGCUGUCGAUUGGCGACAACCAGAUCGUCACGGCAUGUACAGGCGAGCCUGAGCAGAUAUGGGGACAGCCGAUCCCAUCUGGGACGCCACUUCGGGCGCUGCUGCCACAGGUACCAACAGAAACGUCCUUUUUCGACCGACGAACACCCAGUGGUCAACCUGCAGCCUGCCACUUUACAGCUCAAACGGCCAACAGCAUCAAUAUUCCCACCACGGUCACCAGAGUUCCGGGAAAGAGUGAACUUCGGGUCUCCUCGCUUCCCCACAUGGCCGGCAUGAUGGUGCUCAACCCCGAAGACCUGAAUAUCACAUCCUCAAAUUCGGUCUUUUGUGCCUCGCUCUUCGGCUACGAAAAGCCUUCCGGCUUGUCGAUACUGUCGCUGAUUCCUUCAUUCUCCGACAUCCUGACCAUCCUCACAAUGGAAGACGAAGUCGACCUUGUCGACGGUCUCGUUGUUCCGGAGCAUUCAUUCCGUCGCGCCUACGCCCUACUGUCCCUCCGAGAUGGCUCAGAAAACGCUGCCAAUAUUUUUCUCCGGCCAUCGGGCCUACCUGCCAAGCAUCGAGAUGGCUCCGAUAUCAUGGUCGACGUGCAAAUGCGAGUUGUUCGGUCCGAGAGCAUCUUCCCCGCCACCGAACAGGUCAUCACCGAGCAGCCUGAAGCAGAGGACAGAGCGGAUCUUGCUUCUAAUCCCGACACAGUUGCCGUCACCGAGCUUGUCUAUGCUGUCUGGAUCACCUACUCGCGCCAACUUCACGCGGCUGGCGCAGCAGCGACUGAGGAUGCCCGACCAAUGACACCGCCUCAACAGCCUCAACCCCCCUCGCAUCUUCCGUCCCCUCCGCCAGUCUCCUCGGACGAAUCAGUCUCCUUAGGAGCCAGCAAUGCCUCCUCCCAAAUGUCUCUUCUUUCUCCCACGGUCACAAAUGAAACCCUUGCCCUGCAAGCCGAGCCGCUGGAGCACCCGCCUCCACACGUCGUCUCGGCUCCGCACCCCCGCAAAACUAUUGCGGAUUUCAAGAUUCUCGAGGAGAUGGGCGCCGGGGCGUAUGGUCAGGUUAAGUUGGGCCGGUACAAGGCCCCACACUCCCGCAAGGUAGUCCUCAAGUACGUCACCAAGAAGCGUAUCUUAGUUGAUACUUGGACACGCGACCGGCGUUUAGGCACAGUCCCGCUCGAAGUGCACGUCAUGGACUACCUGCGCAAAGACGGCCUACGGCACCCAAACAUUGUGGAAAUGAUCGACUUCUUCGAAGACGAUGUCAACUACUAUAUCGAGAUGCUGCCGCACGGCAUCCCUGGGAUGGAUUUGUUCGAUUACAUUGAAUUAAGGUCGAACAUGGAGGAGGAAGAGUGCAGAUCCAUCUUUAGGCAAGUGGUUGCGGCCAUCUGGCACCUGCAUGUGCGCGCGGGCGUGGUCCAUCGCGAUAUCAAAGACGAGAAUGUCGUGCUGGAUGGUGAGGGUCGUAUCAAACUGAUUGAUUUCGGGAGCGCGGCGUAUCUGAAGAACGGGCCUUUUGAUGUUUUUGUCGGCACCAUUGAUUAUGCAGCCCCCGAGGUGCUGCAAGGAAAACCCUACGGCGGUAAGGAACAGGACGUGUGGGCUCUUGGCAUCUUGCUGUACACAAUCGUGUACAAGGAGAAUCCGUUCUACAACAUCGAUGAGAUCUUGGAUCACCCCCUGCGCGUCCCCUACCUGCCCUUCAGCGAGGGCUGCAUCGAUUUGAUACGCAGGAUGCUGGAUCGCGAUGUCGAUCAGAGGGUGGAUAUCGAGCAGGUCAAGAACCACCAUUGGCUUGCCCAGGUGGGGGAUGACACGGAGUGA